UCAGGGCAGGAGGAUUACAACAGGUUGAGGCCACUGAGCUACAGAGGAGCUGAUGUGUUCCUACUGGCUUUCUCCCUCACCAGCAGAGCUAGCUACGAGAACAUUCACAAGAAGUGGAUUCCCGAACUGAGGCAUUAUGCAGCAAAUGUGCCCAUUUUUCUAGUGGGAACCAAACUAGAUCAAGGAGAAGACGAACAGUACUUAAUUGAUCACCCUGGAGCAGCUCCCAUCACGACAGCACAAGGAGAAGAACUGAAGAAAGUGGUUGGUGUUGUGCCUUACAUUGAGUGCAGCUCCAAAACUCAGCAGAAUGUGAAGAUGGUGUUUGAUGCCGCGAUAAAGAUAGUUUUGCGACCACAAAAGUCGAGGAGGAAGCCUCGCAGGCAAAGGACAUGCACCACCCUUCAGAAUCAGCAAGAUCUAGUUGUCGAGGUAUCGCCAGAGUCAAACUGGUUCUAA